CUUCUGCCAGAAUGAGUGGAGCUGCAUUCCCAUCUCCCGCUGCCGAGAUGGCAGAAAUCAACCGGCUGCAGUAUGAAAUGGAAUACACAGAAGGAAUCAGUCAGCGGAUGAGGGUCCCAGAAAAACUCAAAGUAGCUCCUCAAAAUGCUGACCUUGACAAGGACACCCAAGAAGGAUUUCCAAACGCCAGUGUAACGAUGCAGGUUCCAGAGCGGAUUGUAGUGGCAGGUAAUAGUGAAGACAUUCCAUAUUCCAGACCACCAGACCUUGACCUUCAGUCUGCUCCAUUCAAACCACUGGCAUUGAAAACUCCUCCCCGUGUUAUUUCUCUUAGUGAUCGACCGCUAGAUUUUUUGGACCUAGAAAAACCUCCACAGCAGACACCUCAAAAUGAAGAGGUCCGUUCAGUGGGAAGGCUGAAGAGAGAACGUUCCAUGAGCGAAAACGCCACUCGCCAGAACGGGCAGCUGGCCCGAAAUGAUUCCAUGCCAGUGUUACGUGGUGGGUCAGCUGCUACCACUUCCUCUAACCCUCAUCAUGACAACACCAGGUAUGGUCUUUCCAACUUGGAUACUACGCUCGAGGGAACACCAGAUGACAUGACAGUUGUAGAUGCUGCUUCCUUAAGGCGACAGAUAAUCAAACUGAACCGCCGUCUACAGCUUCUGGAGGAAGAGAACAAGGAGCGUGCUAAAAGGGAAAUGAUCAUGUAUUCCAUCACUGUAGCUUUCUGGCUCCUCAAUAGCUGGCUUUGGUUUCGGCGCUAGACUCAGCUCUGGGAGGGAGUGAAGAGUUGAAAACACAAAACAAUUUGCAGAAUUCUUUGUUUCUGUUUCUGAAUUGUAUGCUGUUUUAUAAUUGGAACACCGGAAACAUCCACCACAGGUAAAGGCUGUAGAAUUGCAGUGUUAAAGGGACACCUUGUUCAGCUACAGUGUCGUUAGUAGAUGUGCAUUGCCAGCACCUGCAGCGUCCUCCUUUGCAUGCUUCAGUGUCAACACAGAUCAGCUGAUACCAAGUUUGCUUCAUGCAGUGU